CAUCUCCUUCGCCUCUUCUUGUGAGCAGUCUGACUUGCAGUAGAACCAUCUUGCCAGGAACAACCAGGAGCAGAAAUAGAGGCUUCACUUCGGCAGGAACAACAGCGAAAUCUCUUCUCGACAAGCCAUCAUGGCUUCAGCAGCAGCGCCACAGGGCGUGAUUGCGAUCUUGCUGCAACCACACGUACUGCCGUUCUUCCUCAUUGCCUUAUUUUACACCACCAUCAAGAUCAUCGACAAAACAAAUGUUCCCAAGAUCAAAGGCCUUCCCGAAGUCCCUGGAGUGCCGAUCCUGGGAAACUUGCGGCAGUUGGGCGACAAUCAUGCCCUCAAUGCCAUGAAAAUGGCCAAGAAAUACGGCGCAGUCUUCCAAGUCCGCUUGGGUAACCGCAGAGUCGUGUUUGCCAACACUUUCGACAGCGUCAAACACUUAUGGAUCACGAAUCAAUCCGCAUUGAUCAGCAGACCGACACUGCAUACCUUCCAUACGGUCGUCAGUUCGAGCGAAGGUUUCACGAUCGGAACCAGCCCAUGGGACGAGAGCUGCAAAGCGAGGAGGAAGGCUGCUGCAACAGCACUAAACAGACCAGCUGUGGCCAGCUACAUGCCUAUUCUGGAGUACGAAUCUACCAAGUCGAUUAAGGAAAUGACCACAGAUUCGAACUACGGCCAACACGAUGUCGACAUCAAUCUCUACUUCUCCCGAUUCGCUCUGUCCACGUCUUUGACUCUCAACUAUGGCUACAAGAUCGAAGGUAACAUCGACGACGAGCUGCUGAAGGAGAUUGUUCAUGUCGAGCGAGAAAUCAGCAAGUUCCGCAGUACAGCAACGAACUGGGCAGAUUAUAUCCCUUUGAUGCGUCUACUUCCCGGUGGGAAUGAUAAGCCCUUGCAAUACAAAGCUCGCAGAGCGAAGUACAUGUGGAAACUUCUGAACGGCCUCAAGGAACGCAUGGCCGAGGGAAAAGACAAGCCUUGCAUUUCUGGAAACGUUCUCAAGGAUCCUGAAGCCAAGCUGAAUGAAGCAGAAGUCAUGUCUAUUGGCCUGUCCAUGGUAUCUGCCGGUCUCGAUACAGUACCAGGAAACUUGAUCAUGGGCGUCGCAUACCUCUCCUCCCCUCACGGCCAAGACAUCCAAAAACGCGCCUACGAGGAAAUCAUCGCGCAAUACCCCAACAACGACGCCUGGGAACGCUGCCUCCACGAAGAAAAAUGCGCCUACAUCACUGCUCUCGUCAAAGAAACGCUCCGCUUCUGGUCCGUCAUCCCCAUUUGUCUACCCCGGCGCUCGGUCAAACCCAUCACAUGGAACAACGCCACCAUCCCCGCAGGAACCGAUUUCUACAUGAACGCCUUCGCCGCCCACUACGACGACACCCAUUUCAAAGACCCUUACACCUUCAACCCCGACCGCUACCUCUCCGACAACACCCUCGACGACGCGAGCGCCACGCGAGGCACACCACAUUAUGGCUACGGAGCCGGCAGUCGCAUGUGCAUCGGCAGCCAUCUCGCCAACCGCGAAUUGUACACGGCAUUCUUAAAACUCAUCACGGCGUUUGAAGUCGUCGAGGCGAGAGAUCCGAAAGAUCGUCCCGUGUUGGAUUGUAUGGGUUGUAAUAAAUUGCCGAAUGGAUUGACAAUGGAUCCCAAGCCGUUUAAAAUUGGCCUCAGGCCGAGGAAUCGCGAGAUGUUGGAUCGCUGGAUUGCGGAGUCGGAGGGGAGGACGAAGGAUUUGUAGGGCAACAUGUAGGUGGAGAAGUGUCCUGGUUUGUUGGAGAAGGAGUUCUUUUUUCUUUUUCUCAUGCAUAUAAAUGUAGUAGUAGUAGUAGUACCUACUUAGAGAAAGUAGGGUAGCGAGAGAUGUUAUUCUCUUGUUCAAGAAUCAAUAUACAAACCUUG